GUUAUAACACGAGUGUCCAUACUUUAAUAUUCUGUUUAAGGCGGAAACAUUAUAGUGUAAUGUAAGGUUUAAGCUAUUAGUAUGAAUAUUACUCGCCGUAGAAACUCGUCCUUAUAAAACAGAAACUGCUACUUUUCUACAAUUAGUUUAAUACAUUUUCUAAAAUGAUUAAUUUACAAAGUUGUUUAUUCCCAAAACUAAUUUAUAAACUUUUUUUUAGCCACAUAGUUGAAUGAAGGGCGCUUGAGAAACCAAAACAGAACAAUGAUUACGGAUGGUCGUCAGUUAAGGGUUUCGUUAUGCCAACACUGAUAGCGGACCUCGUUCUUUUGUUUGUGCUGUACCUGCUUGGCAAGGCAGUGGUGCGAAACUGGAAGACCAUUGCAGCUGGUAGAAGAAUGUCCAAGAUUAUAGGCUCGCCUCCAGCCCAGUGGAUCGUCGGGCACGCCUACAGUCUUGCUCCUACGCCGGAGGGCCUUUUAAGCAACGUGAAAACAGCAGCGAGUUAUCCUGGCAUGAUGGUGCUGUGGUUGGCGCAUAAAUGGAUCGUGCAAGUUUACCACCCAGAUACUGUGGGCAAAGUUCUUUCAACACAAGCAACCAAAGACGACAUGACAUACGAAUACCUGAAGGCAUGGGUCGGGUAUGGCAUUCUAACUAGCAAUGGUGAAAGGUUUCAACGACAAAAGAAACUUUUGGUGACCGCUUUUCACCAGGACUUGAUAAAACAAUAUUCCCCUGUGUUUACGAAAGCAACAGACAGAUUAAUAGAAAAAUGGACCGAGAAACAAAAUCAAUCGGUGGAACUUUUCGAAGACAUCAGUCUUCUUACAUUAGAUUGUAUUCUUAUCUGUGCUAUGUCCACGGACCUCGACUGUCAGCGCAUAGGAAAACAACACCCUUACAUAGAUGCCGUACAUCAAUUAGCAUACUUAGCUAUAAAGAGGUUCUAUAACCCUUGGGUUCGACAUGACUUUAUUUACAACCUAACAUCCGAAGGCAGGCUGUGGAAAAAGCUGCUGAAAGUUGUUCAUGAGAUGUCAGAAUCUGUCGUCAAAGCGAGACGAAAAGUAGUUUCUAUCAGUGACAAACCAAAACUUAGCAAAACCAAAUACGUUGAUUUCUUGGACGUUCUAUUACGUGCAAAGGAUGAAAGCGGCGAAGGACUAACAGACCAAGAAAUAAGAGAGCAAGUUGAUACGUUUCUAUUUGCGGGUCACGAUACGACGGCCAGUGCUAUUUGUUGGUUCUUGUACAACCUAGCCUGCAAUCCUGAAUACCAAGACAAAUGUCGGAAAGAAGUUAAAGAAGUUAUGGAAGGACGGAAAGACGUUCAAAUGUUCGACAUUGGAGAUAUGACGUAUCUUAAUAUGUGUUUAAAAGAAAGCAUGCGGUUACAUUCACCUAUACCAUUUAUUGGAAGGAAAGUUAAAAAUCCAAUUAAUCUUCGUCGACCAAAUGAUAACACUGAAGUCACCUUAUGCCCAGGAACAACCAUUAUCCCCCAUCUACUUAGUUUACACAGAAAUCCUGACGUGUGGGACGAACCAGAGGUAUACGACCCUGAGAGGUUUAACACAAAGAAUGCAUCACGACUCCACCCUUACGCAUAUAUUCCAUUCUCUGCUGGGCCAAGGAUUUGCAUUGGCCAAAACUUUGCACUGGUCGAAAUGAAGCUUACGGUGGCCAAGCUACUGCUAAACUACGAGUUUUACGUCGACGAGGAUAUCCCAAAACCCCAACCCAUUCCAAAUGUAGUUCUGAGAUCGCAAAAUGGGCUUUACGUUAAAUUUAGAAAAAUAUAGGCACCGGUGAACUAUAUGUUGCAAUAUAGGCGACUUUAAUUUUUUACUAUCGCAUAUACUGUGGGGUAAGAUGGAUACUGUUAGCACAUAAUAACCCGUAACGCUCUUUUGGAGUUGGUUUUAUAAUUCUGUACAUAUAUUCGUAUUUAACUACAGACGAUAAAUAAAUUAAUGAAAACCUAAACCAUUUACUCGAACCUUCUUAUUGUAUUGGAUACGUUUUUUUCAGUUUGCCUAUUUCCUCCAUUAUUUCUUGCACCAGUUACCUUAACGUAGUAUAGUGUGGCAUAUGCAUAUAUAUUUACUAUGUACUCUACUACUUUCAAAAUCAUAUGACAUUAUACAAAGAUGCAUUUCAAUGCAGGGACUUAUAUUUAUCUUUAUAUUACGUAUGCGUGCAAUGUACUCGUGUUUUUGGCUGGUGGGAGUAUUAUUGAGCUCAAUCAUAUCCCGAUAUGUCUUUAUUUGUCAAAGUAAAAAUCAUUCAAACGAAAUCACUUUGAAGUCUAUAAACAUUCACAGUGAUGUACUCACGUUCAUAAACCAACUGACUUUGAUUCGUACAACCGUACAUUCUAUCUUUCUUUGUUGAAAUAAAACCUUGCGAAACAGCGCA